AUGCAUUCGAGGUACAUUAUAAGAUGAGAUCGCGCUGGAUUUUAUGUGCGCUCACGGGCUUUGCUUUGCUGCAGCAGGUUGCUUUGAGGCGAGAAUAGAGAACAAUGUAGACCGUUGCAAUCUUAACAUAAAAAUCUUUCCGUACGCACGCUCAUUAUGCGAACCUUUGGGAUCAGUGUGGGUAAUGCGCGAAGGCAGAUGCAUAAUGGGGCUUACGUGCACCAAGGGCUACACAGAAGAGGAGUGCAAAAAACACUGUUCCACAAAGGCUACAACGGUGUCAGCAAAGACAGCUAUCAAUAUUCAAAGCGGUAGCAGUAUAAGAACAAGGAGACCGCGCACCACAGAAGCCAUGCAGAUAAAACGAUAAAUUGUCAAUAAAAACUAGAAUAAAUGGAUUUUUAAUAUCAGUUGUA